CCUAGUCCAGGCAGCCAUAAUGAUAAACUGAUCAGUGAUAAACAAAGUUACAAAACCAGCCGAAUAAACAAAGUUAUCUUAAGUUCUUAACAAAUAAAAGCCCAAAUAUUUAUAAUUUUAUACCUGAUUCCUGAACCUCAGAACCUGAUACGGUGAGGUGAGCAGUUGAGACUUGAGAGAGGCGGAGAGCAGAGAAUCAGAGAGAGGCUGAGAUGAGAACAGACUGAACAGUGGAGACUGGAGACUAGAGAGAGGCGGAGAGCAGAGAGACUAGAGAGAAAGUGUGGUGAUAAUAAUAAUGUUAGUGUCAAGAAUUUUUGGGAGAACACUGUUUGCUGCUGCUAAAUCAGAAGCGUAUUCUGCGACAGCUGCGGCGACUUCUAUUCUGCGAAGGAACCCUCGGGACUUUGAGUAGCUGAACCCUCUGCAAGAGUUCUUUGAGGCUGAUAGGAGCGUAGAUGAUGACAAACCUGUUGUCUAUGGUCGUAGUUGGAAGGCUCCUGAACUGCGAUUGAAGUCUUGGGAUGAUCUUAAUAAGCUGUGGUAUGUCUUGUUAAAGGAGAAAAACAUGCUGAUGACUCAACGCCAGAUGCUUCAUUCACAGAAUCUACGGUUUCCUAACCCAGAGCGCAUUCCCAAGGUGAGGAAGUCAAUGUGCCGUAUCAAGCAAGUACUCACUGAGAGAGCAAUCGAAGAACCAGACCCCAGGAGGUCAGCUGAGAUGAAGAGGAUCACAAAUGCUCUGUGAUGACUUCCAACUUGUGUAUGUUCUCAAAACACUGUAUUGGGUAUGUUUGUGGACUGCAAUAUGGCCUUUUUUUCCCUUUUUUUUUUCUUAGUGCAAUUUUGACUUUUCUAGCAAUUCACCUACAUUGUUAUGGAGUAGAUGGACAAAUUGCACCAAUUUAUGAAUUGACAGAGCGUCUGUCUCCUGUUUUUGAGAUUAGUUUCACUAUAAUGAACUAGUGAUGUUAUUGAACACAUAAUUAACACUGCUCGUACCUUGUGGAUAUGUAGAAUUAUGAGCUUGAGUCA